CCCUGCUUGGCGGGAGCUGUAAUUGGUGAGGCAGACAGCAGAGGUUGCUGGGAUAGAGGCUCUUGUGAUCUACUGCUCUGUUACUACAGGCAUGGCUGAGAGCAGCGCUGCAUCCUGUAUCCGUGUGGACCUCAGCUCUCUGCCCAAAGCUGGCCCAGAGACCGUGCACCUCCUGCCCUGUGAGAUCCAGAGUGAGGGGGCAGCCAGGGUGAGUGAGUACUUCAGUCCUGCUGUGAGGGAUGGAGAGGCAGGUGAGUCUGAACUUCUGUAAGAUAGAACUUUGUGUCACAAUGAUAACAGGCCAUUUGGAAUUUUAGGGGUUAAUUCACUACAUUCCAAUUAAAAUCUGAAUGCAAAAAGUCAGGCUUAACUAGACAAACUGUGGCUAUAGAUGGGUUGGAGAAUUUUGCUUACAUGGUCAACUGUUUUAAUGUUGCCUUUCGAUUUCCAAAUUCACUACAUUUUGGAGCUUAGUAAAUAAACAACAAUGAAACCCGUUUACAAAUCUGUGACCAUUACAAGUACAAUAUGUAACUUCUUAUAGCAAUCACAUAACAUAAAGACAUGCAGAAAGAGACUGUAAAUGGAUAUAAUGGACAUAGCUUUUCUAGAAAGAGAUUGAGAGGAAUUGGCCAUAGAUAGCCAUACUAAUAAAAACAUAACCAACAUUUUUUACUUUAAAAACAAGCUUAAAGGAAUACUUUAGAGUUUGGAAUUUUGUAUUCCUAAAACGAACAUCUUCCUCUGCCCUGUGGUUAAAUAGUUAAAUAACCCUUUAUUCCGGUUGCCCAAAAGGUAGCUUCUCAGAUGCUGUAGAACUGCAACUCCCAUUACGCUUUGCAAGCCUUUAGAAUGCCAAAGCAUCAUGGAAGCUGUAGUUUUAACAUCUGGGGAUCUAUCUUUUGGGCACUCCGGACUUACCUUAUCCCAGGGUCACACUCCGCCUGCCAUGACGCGAGCUGGUGGGUACCUAAUCCUCAUGUGCGGCAAGUGCUGUGCGAGCAUUAGACCUUCCCCAUUGGAAAGCGUUGCCUCAAUGCUUUCCUAUGGAGUUUUUCUUGACGCUGGAUGUUUUCAUACCUAAGAAAAAAAGUAUAGUGGUAAAAUGUGGCGCUAUAGUGUCAAUAUCAGUAGUGCUGCUGAUACCACUGUGAAACCAACCACACAAUUUCUCACAAUAUAUAAACAGAAAAUAGAUACAAAGUGGAUAGCGCACUUAAAACCAAAGUGCAGAGUGAUAGCACUUCUGUGUACAAUGUGGGAAUAAGUAUAUACACAAGGUAACAUACACUUUAAGGAGAUCUUUUUCCAAUAGUAAAAGUGUGUGUUACCUUGUGUAUAUACGUAUUCCCACAUUGUACACAGAAGUGCUAUCACCCUGCACUUUGGUUUUAAGUGCACUAUCCACUUUGUAUCUAUUUUAUGUUCUCUUACCUGUCUCUAGCUAAACUACCUGACCUACAUUACCUAAACUUGGCUAUUAUGACAGUGCUUUGCAGUUCUGUUGUGCUCAUUUCUUCUGUUCGCCAGUGACAGCUGUAGGGGUCCUUGAUAAAUCUGUGCUGUACUCUCACAUACUGAUGUGUACUCCUGGCAGAUAAAUACUAGUAGCUCAAGAGGACUGUCAGGAAGACUAUGGCAAUGGCAGUGGCUGUGAGGGACAGGUUCAGUAAGUAAAACCCAAUUUCCCCUUCACCCACAGCACACCCAGCAGACCAGUUACUGCCAGGGUCUUUGCAAAUUAUGCAAGCACCCCAGACGGUGACAGAGCCACUUUAAGCAGAAUAAAAGUAGCUGAAUUUGCUUUGGAUAUUUCAUCAUUUAGGGAAUGGACCAUUUAAUUGUAGUGAAUUGCAGUCUGAACACAAAUAUUGGCAGGAAAUUUCACUGAAGUGUAAACUGAAUUCAAAGUAACUUGCUGCCAAAAUUGUUGAACUAAAACUAUAGCUUACUUUCCAGUUUGGCUAUUUUCUCCUAAAAUUUUAAAUUCAGUUUGAAUUCCUUACAGGGCAUAUUUUAGUGAUUGAAUGGCCACUAAAGUCAUCCAGGCCACUCCAUCCCAAUGAAGUGGCCUGGGUGCAGUGGUCUUGUCAAUUUAACCAUUUUUUAUUUUUAUGGGACGCACAAGGGGAACAAACCUAUGGAAUUAGAGACAGGGACAAUAAAGCAUUAGAAAUAAAGGUUUGUCUUCCUGACACUUUUGUGUUAACUUUUAAAGGAACACUCCAUGCACCAUAACCACUACAAACCGCUGUAAUUGAUAUGGUGUCAGGAGUGCCCUGGCACAUUCCUAGGGUAAAUAGUCAGACUGUUUAAGAAUGGUUUUACAACUUAUAUGGGGUCCACCAGGCACACUGCACUGCCUUACAUGAAGUCAGAAGCUCCUGCACUGAGCUAAACCCAACCAUGCAGGGCUGCGCUCAUUGGCUGUGAGUGCUCAGUUAAUGCUUUCUGCCAAUGAGCUGAGCAUGCAGGGCUGGGUUUAGCUCAGUGGAGCUAAUGUAAACAUCUUUUUUUGCUCAAUUAAGUUAUUGAGGGAAAUCUGUAGAGGAUUUUUGCUUCGGCUCUCCAGUCACAAAUUUUACAUCCAGUGAAGAUGUUGCUGUACAUUCAGUAAGUAGGGGGGGAAAGUAACUAUUUACAUAAUAUCCGUUUCACUACAGGCAAAGAGGUAUCCUUCCGUGGCCGUGUGCUAAGAGGGCAGGAGGUGGCUGUUCCUGCUGGUUUUGUUGGAGUUGUCCUAAAAGAAAAUCACAAGCCAUGUUCUGAUGAGGAGGUAAUGUCAGUUUUACAAAUGUGACAGUAACAUAUAUAUAUAUAUAUAUAUAUAUAUAUAUAUUUUUUUUUUUUUAUGGCCUGUUAUCAAACAUACUAUUCAGUUAUUUAUAGAGAUCGACUGUUGCAUACAGAAGCUGUACACAAAGCAGUGGACACAUACCGGUAACAGGUAUCCAAUGAUUAAAUAAGAACUUUCCGUAACAUUUAGGAGCCAAGGUCAAAAGUUAGGACCUAGACAAAAUGUAAAGAGAGGAUGCAUGUGUGUAUAGAUCAAACUAUUAAGGGGAUGCACGUGAAAAUGGUUAGUUAAUGGUACUGAUGAAAAGAAAGGGAGAGUUUUAAUGCAUAAGUAAACAGAGACAUUGAUAUAGCAUUCUAUUUUAUUGGUCCGUAACUCGUUGAUUAACACUUACUUGCCAGUCAGCUUAGAACUGAUUUGUAUCUUUUGGUAGUAUACCUGCCCAGUGACCCCAAGUUUCUGUUUAGUUACAGGCUAUAAGAGGAGAGGCGGUUGCAUGCAUGUUUAUCUCUGAUAAAUCUUCCAGGUCUGAGACUCUGAUGGUACAAGAGCUGAAUUUCUUUGUAGUCUUUAUUGUGGUUUUUUUGGUCAAUAGUUGUCUUAUUGGUAGACUGCCAUAAUAAUUAGCUCUCUCAGUGCUGGGGAAGCUGUCAGCUUCUCUGCACAAGCAGAGACCUUAAGAGACCUCUUCAGGGGGCAGCAAGAGGAUGGGGGAGAUCUAAGGAGACCAUAGCCAUGAUGGUGGUCUACAUUAAACCAAAGCUGUAAGGUCAGCUAAGGGUAAAGCCGUUUUCUUAAUCUUUCCAGUGUAUGUUUAAUGCUUUCCGAUUGAGAGGCCUAAUACACACUGCACUUGCCACGCAUGCACAUUAACACCUUCAUCGAGUGGCGUAUAUGCAAAGGAGAUCUGUGGAGAGGAAAAUAUAAUUUGUCCAUUUACUUUUCACUCAUUGUUUUUAUUUGUCGUAAUACACUUAUGACAGUUAUGUUUUUCUCAUCUCCCCCUCUCUCGCUUUUCCCACACUGUGCUUUAUAGGCAAAGUGAAGGUUUCUGGGAGUUGUGGUUGUUGGCUUUCUAAUAUAGGCAAUAGCUUGAAGUACACCUACUAGAGGUCUUUUCUGUACAUCUAAAUGAGAUCACAUACCAAUGUUAUUAGAGAAGGGGAGAACAUUUGGUUCAUGGAGCAAAACAAUAAAAAAAGUACAUUUUUUUUUUUUUUUUGAGAAUCUAUACCGCAUAACUGAUACCCAACCCAUACAUCACACUUAAAGGAACACACCAUAAACAAUACAGCAUGCUAUAGCUGUUAUUGUUCCAGGAGUGCCCUAGCACACCCACAAUCUAAGCAGUCUAACAGUUUUUAGAAUGGUUUGCCUUACUUGAGGCCUGUUGAGCAAUGCUCCAUAAUCUCCUGAUCCCUGUCAGCCAAUUAUAAAGCCCUGCACCACCAGCCUUAACUCAGACAGAGCACUUCCGGUUCUCUGAGAGGCAGGCACCAGCACUUGGCAGACGCCACGUGAUAAGUCAAACCAUUCCAAAAGCUUACAUUACUUACAUUGGGGGCACCGAAAUCACUACAGUGUGCUAUGGGGUGCUUAGUGUUUCUUUAACGGGUGAGUGCCAUGAGUAUCGCAUUGUUUAUGCGUCACGAAGCCUACUCCUCAUCAAUUUUACCUGAAUGCCAAAAGUGUAUUGUAAUAAACUACUUACCUUUUUACCCAUUAUACUAUGUUGUAUUAAUUAGUAAGUGUGCAUUUUGGCAGAUGUUUAAUCUAUUAAUGAUAUUUAGGCGAGAGUACCUCCUCAUCAUCAUUGUAAUAUGUCUGUUCUGUAUUAGGAUCGCUGUUUGACAGUCAGGUCCACCUUUAACUCCUUCACACAAUGGAAUCUGGAGACUCCACCUUCUGAGGAUGAUAUCCUUGUAAUGUCAAUGCAGUGGCCAAAGAUUGCUUCAGUGGUAAGAGCCUCUUGAUACAAAGUCAGAUUUUUUUUUUUUUUUUUUCUUCUUUCUCAUGAACAACAUAAUUCACUAAUUUUUUUUUUUUUUUUUUUUUUAAAUAUAAAUACACCACUAAUGAAUUAACUCAGGCAUUCAAGAUUUACAGGUGUACACAUCACCCCUGGCUUAUGGAUUCAAACCAUGUAAUAUCUGUAACAUAUGUUCUACAUAUUGAUCCAACAGCUUUAUGAAAGUUUAUGUAUACCACUGGUAGGGUUCAUUAUUUCGACACGUAAAUUAGCUUUGGCAGUAGAAAUGUACAAUGGACACUCCAGGCUUGCAGUGGCAAAUAAUUUUAAGGCCUGGCUAGUAGUUUAGGACUUGAAAUUGUAAUCCCUGCCACUGCAUUAGUCAACGUCAAAAGGUAUUCAUAGGAUUUAAUACGAAGAAGACAACCUUUUAUCAUAUUUAUAUAUAUAUAUAUAUAUAUAUAUAUAUAUAUAUAUAUAUAUAUAUAUAUAUAUAUAUGAGAGAGAUAGAUUUCAAAUAGUGUUACUGUAGAUUAGGGUAAUCCAUAUAUCUAAGUGGUUGCAGGAUAAAUAAAAAAAACACAGCCCAGCAUAACAUCACGUAUAUAAAAGUUAAUUUUCCUUGUGUCGUGAGACCAUAGUGUACCGACGUUCGUGACAUUAACUCAAUAAACACACACAGUGAGAUGAAUUGCUUUGCUAUACAGACUAGCUCAACAUGUUUGAGCGGCUUUGUAUAAGAAAUUUUCUGGAAUUGCUUUAAGCUGCUUCUUGGAUAAUACAGCUAUUGAAAUCUGCUUCCAAUUCAAACGGUUACUAAAAGGGUAAAGGUUUUAAAUAUAGCCAUAAUCAGAGACUUCUGUAAUUUUCUCACCUGUUAAAACUCUUAACACGCAUGAUUUUGGACUCUUUCAAUCUUAUUGAAAUGCAGUUUGAAAGCCCUGUCCUAAUCUCACUGCUUUUGUGACUAACAUUGAUAAUAUACCUUUCAUAUGUGAGUAGAAACCAUGUCAGAGGGGGUGGGCUUUUGUGAUACUAUUAUGUAAGCAGCUGCUUAGGCACCCCAUCCAAGUGCUUGAUAUAUUCACAAGAAUCUGUUUAUUCUUCCAUCCCUUUCAAACUUAUUAACCCCUUAGUGACCAGGGCGCUUUUCAAUUUUCUUACCGUUUGGGACGAGAGCUGUUUUUACAUUUCUGUGGUGUUUGUGUUUAGCUGUAAUUUUCCACUUACUCAUUUACUGUACCCACAAAUUAUAUACAGUUUUUCUCGCCAUUAAAUGGUCUUUCUAAAGAUACCAUUAUUUUUAUCAUAUAAUUUAUACAUUUUGUUUUAUAAAAUAUGAUUUAAAAAAAACACUUUUUCUAACUUUGACCUCCAAAACCUGUUAUGCAUCUACAACCGCCAAAAAAAAAAAAACACCCAUGCUAAAUAGUUUCUACAUUUUGUCCUGAGUUUAGAAAUGCCCAAUAUUAACAUGUUCUUAACACUUUUUUGCAAAUUAUAGGGCAAUAAGUACAAGUAGCACUUUGCGAUUUCCAAACCAUUGUAACACUGAUAUGUCAGGAAUCCCUGAAUAACCCUUCACAUGUAUAUAUUUUUUAAAAGAAGACAAGGUAUUAAACACACGGUAUUUUGAUUCUUUUCAUGCAACCAUUUUACCACCAAUCUAUGCCAAAUUUAGAAGAAAAAAAUAAUUGAUUUUUUGACACACAUAGCAAUUUAAAAACUGAGAAUUUUAAGGGUUACUGUCAAAGAACACCCCAAUAUGUGGUCGGCGUAAUCUUCUGAGUACAGUGAUUCCACCCAUGUAUAGGUGUGUCAGGUUCUCUGGGGUUUAUUUAGAGGGUGCGCAUUCCAGUUUUCACGGCUAGUCAUCAUGCACCCAUGUCCUAUUUAGGACAUUUUUGAAGCCGGCCAAUGUAAUUUACCCCAUCAAACCAUAUAUUUUUGAAAAGUUGACACCGUAGGGCAGGCAUUGGCAACCUUCGGAACUCCAGAUGUUUUGGACUACAUCGCCAGCGUUAUGGGUGUAAGAGCAUUAUGGGGGAUGUAGUCCACAAAAUUUUGGGUGCCGAAGGUUGCGUACACCUGCCCUAGGGUAUUUCAGACGGUGGUAUUUUAACAUUUUCCAUGCACUAAUUCUACCACCAGUCUGUCAAACUUUUGGGUAGUAAUUUGUUUUGUGUUUUUCCUCUCACAUUGUACUUUAGGCAUGGAUUCUCAGUUCCUGUUAUGUGUUACUGAUAAACAACCCAAAAUGUGUUCAGUAACAUCUCCUGAGUACAACAGUGCCCCCAAUGUACACGUUUUAUGGAUUUUUGCAAACUUACAGGGGUCAAAUGUAGGCCUUUCCCAUUUUCUAUGUUUGCACAUUGAAAUUUGCCAGACUGGUUUGGGCCUCUGUUGCCUUUGAGACCAUAUAGAAGCCCAGGAAUGAAAAUUAACCCCAUCAUGGCAUACAUUUGUAAAAGUAGGCAACGUAUGUUAUUUAAAAUGGGGUAUUUCCAGUCUUUAGUAGCUACUUAGUCACAAACGCUGGCCAAAGUUAGCAUUUUUUUUUUUUUUGCAUUUUUACAGGUGAUAUCAUUGUUGUGAUAAGUUUUACUUUUUAAAACACUCAUUUGUGUUCAGCGAAAUCUCCCAAGUAUAACAAUACCAUCCCCCCACGUAAAGUGUUUUGGAAAGUUACGGGGUUAAAUAUAGGACUUGCCAAUAAAAUUCUCUGGACAGACUUUUUUAGAAGCCACUUAAUCACAAACCCUGGCCAAUAUUAGCAUUUAUAUUUAUUUUUUUUGCAUUUUUCACACAAACUGCCAUUUUACUGCUCUAAAACACUUAUUUGUGUAGAGUAUUGUCUCACGAGUACAACAGUACCCCUAAAGCACAGGUUUUAUGGUGAUUUGGAAAGUUACAGAGUCAAACAUAAGAUUUGCCAAUUUCUGUUUUUGUACAUUACUAUUUGCCAGAUUGGCUAUGUUACUUUUGAGACGGUAUGGCAGCCCCCCAUGGCAUACCAUUUUCAAAUGUAGACAAGCCAGGGUAUACAAAAUGGGCAAUAAUUAUAUAUAUAUAUAUAUAUAUAUAUAUAAUUACUUUUUUAAACUUUUGUAAAACGUUUCCAUGUGAUUGCGAGGAUCCUGCGAUCACAUGGCACGGGAGGGCCGGAUCAGGCAAUGGGGUUCGGCGGGGGAUCGCCAGCGAUCAGGUAAGUGGCUAUUUGCUAUCGGACGUACCAGCUCGUUAACUACCAUUUCUUUGUCGGACGUACCUGGUACGUCCGAGGGCGGGAAGGGGGUUAAACAGUACAUAAACUGUAAAGUGACAUUUUCAUUAUGCUGGCAAAUGAUAAUAAAGGGACACUAUAAUCACCAGAACAACUACAGCUUAAUGUAGUUGUUCUGGUGAGUAUAAUCAUUGCCUUCACGCAUUUUUGUGCAAAUACUGCCUUUUUAGAGAAAAGGCAGUGUUUACUGUGGCCACGGGAGGUGCUUCCUGGGGCUCUGGCAAUAAGGUGAGUUUUACUAUUUUCUAAGGGGGGGGAGUAAGCCACCAAUAUGGUAAAUUAACACUAUAGGGUCAGGAAUACAUGUUUGUGCUCCUUUAAAUUAUACCAUCAUUUGUGGGUUAUUUUUACUUAGUCUUUACAAUACUGCCAUCAGCAGAACAGUAAAUACUACAAACAUGCUUGCUUUGUGAAUCAACUGCAUCCUUUAGUUAGAACCGCCCCUUCCCCAAGUUUAGCACAGCCAAAUUAUGAAAUGUUUGUGCUAAAAUUAUUUUAUUACAUGCUUUGGGCAACACCAGGCAAAGUUUGUGAAUAAGUUAAGCUUGCAGUGACAUAUGCAUGCACCAGUACGACACUGCUGCAAAUAAAAAUUCUGAGUACACCCAAGGCAUCCUGGAAAAGCAAAGUCAUCCUCACAUGGAAUUGCAGUGGAGGAAGGCAUGAUUUCUACCAUUUAUUUACUCUUUAUUCAGUAAACAAUGAAAUCGCAUUUACUGGGGAGAGUGACUGAUGAACUGUAACUUUUGAUUGUCUACAAAUCCUGCCCUGAAAUAAAGUAGAAACCGGGAUGCACUUCAGAGCAGAGGCCCCAUCCAUGUCCUAAUGCCAUGUUUGGUCAGUAGGAAGGGUUUGUACAUAAAGGUAAAAUAGCCAUUUAUAGCUGGCCUAGGGCAGGGUGUAUGAGUGUAGUAUUGCUUCAAAUGUAAAGUAUAUAUAUUUAUUUUUUUCCCCCUAGAUCCAUGCACCGGUUGAUUAGAAAAAUGAAGACAUUUGGAUAACUGUGAGAAAAUAAACGUGCUUACCAUAACCAGUAUCUGUUUCUUUAAGUAGGAAUGCAUCGCUCUCUUUACACACUAUGAUCUGUAUUAACAGUUUCCACACUUAAAUAAAAUAGACGGCACAGUGGUGAUAUAAAAACACUUGUAUUUACAGUUUCUAAUUACACUGGGCGAUACUGUCCACACUUCCUGCUCAGAAUCCACAUUUUCAGCAUCAGAAGUGGCAAAAUUGGAAUACCUUGUAACAGUUUUGUAAUCUCUUCCAUGUACUUGUUAAUUUGACUUCUCUUACAUCAAGCUAAAACCAGCGUGAAAUAAGGGCUUAUUUGAAUGAAGCAACUACAGUUGGUAGAGAAUUGGACAUUUACUGAGACUAGGAUUCAAAUAAAUAUCUGCAUGUUAACACUAAUCAUGUGGGUUUAAGAGUUAAAGUAAUUAGUCUAUAGAAAAAUUGAAUUUGUUACAAUACCAGCCAUAAAAUACACAACUUUGGUUUAAUUGAUCAAACAUUACAUUUCAUCUAUAGAUAUUGUGCUAGUAAACAGAUAAUGUAAUGCCGGUUCAAGUUCUGUCCCUUCCCCAAACAAUUCUCUGCAUUAGACCUCAAUGGCAUUCAUGUGUAAAAAAAGCAGGGGAGAGAAGGAAAAUUUGCUUUGCUCCUUUCACUCUGCUAUUCCUUCUUGCAACGGGAGUACAGGAUGAACUGACAUUGUUUUUCAGCAAGUGAAGUCAGCAUGGUUGUGUCCCCAAGCAGUUCCAACAACACCAGCAGAGGGUGGGUGUUACAACAGUGUAACAUCCACCUACCCUGAGAAUGGAGGCACUGGAACAAGGAGUAGCAGGUGAGUAUCCCUAUAACAGGUCCCACAGCACAAAUAUAUAACUGAUAAUAGAUUAUAUAUUUACAGCCUUGAGAGCUAUUAUAUCUAAAAGGGAAACCAUGACCGUUUCACUUUACCCCAACUUCUCAAUGCCUUUCAUAAAUACAACUACCAGAAACCCUACUUCUAAAACAAAAACCACAGUGUAAUGAGUAGGUUCAAAUAAGCCCUAAUUUGUAUUUUCCACCUGGUUUCCAGUUUCACAUUGCAUUUUCAGUUGCUUCUUGCCCUCAUAUCCUGCCUGUCUAAAACCAUGCUACUCUACCACUUUCCCCUUUUGCUCCAGUCCUUGGGAGUAAAGUGCAAACAUUUAGAAUCUAUCCUCAGCACUCUCUUGAGCAUGGCUCGAUCAUGACCUUCCACAAUAUCUUCUGAUAAUGUCAGGAUGUAUUGUCCCUGGGGAAAGAGAGGAAAAGAAAUGCCACAUUUUAGACUGCAGGCUUUCAUGUGAUCAGAACAUGGCUUAUCAAAGGAGAAUAAGUCACACAUAUGGUGUUACCAAGAAAAUAGGCUGUUUUUGCUUCUAAUAAGAGUUUAUAUAUUAAAAGUCUAAAAUAAGUAUGUAUUGAUUUUCUCUGAGAACUUCAAACACCUCACAGUUGUUAAACUGUGAUAAAUAUUGCCGUCAGUGAAACACAUUACACAUGCAGACAGAAAAUAUACAUCUCCAUAAAAGAGUACCAAUAUUGAGUAUGAUUUUUGAAAAAAUAGUUUGGGUUCACUAUGAUGACAGGUUUCCACCCUCGCAAAAGGCAGUUUACC